AAGCCGGGGAGGAGGAGCCAGGCAGCGGACACUGACACGUAACAGUCCUGCGUAGAAUUUAAGGAAGGAGCUGCAUCUUUUCUAAAAAAACUCACUUUGAUACAGCUGAGUCUCUUCAGACUUGAUGAACAACCGAGCUGUCCCGUCCCAGAAGCCCCGUUAGACCGGCUUCCGGAAGCGACCGAAGCGGGACUAGCAGGCAGGAGCGGAGGGAGAGCCGACGUUUAAAAUGAGAUUUUCAGUGUUUAUUUCUGUCCUGCGGUCGCUCGGCCCCGUGGUAAUCGGCAUUUCAUUGGGCUUCACGUUGAGUUUGUUGAGCGUGAGCUGGACGGAAGAAGCGUGUCCCCUGGAGGGGAAGGAGGGCGAGGAUGUGGCUUCGGGUCAGGAUGGACUCCUCAAAGGAGCCCGAAAGCCCAGCUCCAUUUCCACUGGCAACGAUGUGGAGUCCGAAGAGGAUUUCGAGCCAAGAAUAGUCCCUUACAAACAAGUCCAGCCGAGUGCUCCAAAGAAAGUUUUCAGGGCUAAGUACAUAAGCACGGAGCUUGGCAUGCGGGAGCGCCUGUUUGUUGGAGUCCUGACCUCCAAAAACACCAUCAACACCCUCGGUGUGGCGGUGAACCGCACCAUAAGCCACCACCUGGACAUCGUGGUCUUCUUCACCGGCUCCCGCAACCGCAAAGUCCCCCACGGCAUGUUUGUGGUCUCCCACGGAGACGAGAGGCUGAUCUGGAACAUGUAUCAGACCAUCAGGUACGUCUUAGACCACUACAUCAACGAGUACGACUGGUUCUACUUCGUCCAAGACGAUGCCUACACCGAAGCCGACCGGAUCAGAGAGCUGGUGGAGCACCUGAGCGUGAAUCGAGAGCUGUACAUGGGCAGUCCUGAAGAGUUCAUCGGAGGGGAGAUGGAAGGGAAGUACUGCUAUGGGGGGUUUGGGUACCUCCUGUCGCGCAGCUUGCUCCUGCGACUUCAACCCUUCCUGGAAAACUGCAGGAACGACAUCCUGAGCUCCAGGCCAGAUGAGUGGCUCGGCAGAUGCAUCAUCGAUUACACCAGCACCAACUGUGUCAGUGAACAUGAGGGACUCGAGUACCACCAUUACAAGCUCGGAAAAAACUCGGACCCAAAUAAAGAGCAGAACGAGAAGUUCAAGAGAGCCCUGACUGUUCAUCCCGUGUCUGACCCCGAACAAAUGUACCGGCUGCACCGAUGCUUCUCCGAGAUUGAGCUGCAUAAGACUUACAAUGAGAUUGCUAAGCUGCAGGCGGAGAUAAAAAAUGUCAGCGUUCUCGCUUUUGAAGGCAACCGAAGCGCCCAGUGGCCAGUCGGGGUCAAUCCGCCUUUUGAGCCUAAAUCUCGGUUUGAAGUUCUAAAAUGGGAGUACUUCACGGAGGAGGAGAUUUAUUCGUGCAUCGACAGCGCUCCUAAGUGUGAGUUGCGGGGUAUCGAUAAACUGGAUGUGGCAGAGGUCAUAGACACAGCCAUAGAGGAGCUGAACAAAAAGUACAUGCCCACUUUACAUCUGAAGAAGCAGCAGCUGAUUAACGGAUACAGACGCUUCGACCCCACCAGGGGCAUGGAGUACACCUUAGACCUUCAGCUGGAGGUCAUUAAUCAGAAAGGUCACAGCCGCUCCAUCACCAAGAGAGUCCACCUGGUGCGACCUCUGAGCCUCAUAGAGAUCAUUCCCAUGCCCUACGUCACCGAAGCGACCAGGGUUCACAUCAUUAUACCUCUGACUGCAGAAGACCGCAGCUACGUCAACCAUUUAAUGGAAGUCUUUGCCUCCAAUGCCUUUGAGACGAGUGAAAACGCCAUCCUCACGUUUCUGUUCAUUUACGACCCAGAGGAGGCUCAACACGUGAACCACAACGACAUAUUUAUUGACGUGAAGAAUCAGAUAAAUGUUUACGAACGAAAAUACCCCACGGUGAAAAUCCCCUGGAUCAGCGUCAAGACGGAGAUACCGUCCCAGAUUAAGUUCAUGGACAUCAUUUCCAAAAAGCACCCGGUGGACACUUUGUUCUUCCUGGCGCACGUCAACACGAACAUCAACGGCGAGUUUCUCAACCGCUGCCGCAUGAACUCUAUAAAUAACUGGCAGGUCUUCUUCCCCAUCCACUUCCAGGAGUACAACCCCGAUGUUUCCUACCACAACCAGCCGCCCCCUGCCACAGUCGACCUGGUGAAGGAUGCCGGACAGUUUGACCGCAGGUCAUUUGACGAGGCGUGCUUUUACAACUCCGACUACAUGGCGACGCGAUCCCGCAUGGUGGCGGACGUCCAAGAGAACGAGGACAUCCUUGAAAGCCUGGACAUUUAUGACAUUUUUGUGAAGUAUUCUGGUCUGCACGUAUUCAGAGCUGUUGAGCCAGCUCUUCACCAGCAGUACCGCUACCAGCCUUGCAACCCGAAACUCAGCGAAGACAUCUACCACCGGUGUAUUCAGAGCAACAUGGAGGGCCUCGGGUCCCGAUCGCAACUCGCCAUGCUGCUUUUCGAACAAGAACAAGGAAACAGUACUUGAAGUUUUUCACCUGCUUUAUUUUUGUAAAACGGACUGAAGAUGUUGGAGUCGGUUGAAAAAAGCAACAAGUCUUCUACCAGCUUUAAGUCCAACCUGACGGUUCUCCCUAAAGGCUGUUUUGUCAGCUUUGUCUUUUUUAGCUAGUUUUGAUAAACAGACAGAACACAGGUUUAUAAUGAAACCAAAUGUGUUAGCUAUGCUGACAAAUAUAAAAAUUGCAAUAAGCAGUUUUGACCACUAGGGGAGGCAAAAAAACUAGAGACUCGUGGCUUUGCGGUAGCUAUGAGGAGUUUGUGUCGUCUCCUCAGUAUUCAGGUGGAAAUCGCUACCAAAGACUGAGAAUAUUCAGGGGUAGGCAUGGGCCGGCUGCUGCAUGUUGUUAUGGUCCAAUUUAAAGUUCUUCCAUUGAAAUCUAACAGAACUAGUUGCUGCACACUGCCAGUCAGCUGGCUGAAGAAAGGCCACUUCUUUUCUCUUGAGCCUACAAGAACAAAUUUAGAUUUGGCUUGGAAAGUAAAGUAGCUCCACCGAACACACUUGCUCAUAAAUACAGUUGGAAACCAUCUUUAGUCGCCAAACAUUUGACAUCCAUUGACUUUUUAGGACUGAAUUGAAAAACGUAUUAAAAAUUGAACUUUUUUUUUUGUCUAUUCAACAAAAUUGGGCCCAAACAGGUUCUUAAAUGAAGUCUUUGCUGCCCAUCUUUAGGUAUCAGCAGAUAUGUUUGUGCUGACAUAUUUUCACUCUAUUUAUCCAUAUUUUAACAUUGUUUAGACACAAUCCAACGUUGUUUUUUUAAUGUUUAUUCGAUGGAAAUGUGUUUGGGACAGAGUGAAGUACUCAGCUUGACUACUGGAACAGAAAGACAUAAAAGGCAAGGUUACUUGAAAAUUACUCCAACAUUUAGUGGUAUUUAUUAAAUUUUUAUGUUAAAUUCAAUAUUGCAGUUCACAAUAACCUCUUUAAUAUUUUAUCUCAGUAAGAAUGAAAUAAAUUCAAUAAUGGUACUAAUUUUUUUCCUUUAAAUAUUUUUUAGAUGCUGUGAGAAGACUGGCCCAUGCCUAGUUAGGAGUAAUUAUGUUAAUUGGUCACAAUUAGAAGGAGGUAGUUUCCCUUUGGGAACAUUAGCUUAGAUUAGCUGAGAAAGUUAACAAACAUGUCUUUUAAAAGUAUUAGCACCCUUUGAACUUUUUUCUUGCCUUUUCUCACAUUGCAACCACAAACUUUGAUGUGUUUUAUUUAAAUUUGUAGAAUAUUAUAUGGAGUACUGGUACUGUAUAACUGUGUAGGUUAUGCAUGAUGCUUCUACAUUUUAUUAGAUUAAUUAAUAGUCAGUUUUACAGGGGCGGUAAUACGUAUUUUCCAAACAUUUUUAUAACGCAGCAUAUGAAAUAUUACACCUUGAAAUUGGGUCUCUGUCUUUUUAAGAAACUCUUACUCUUUCUGACACUUCACCUAUAUCAUGUUAUAACAUUAAAACAUGAUAAAAAGCUAAAAAAGUUGAUUUUAAAGUAUUUUUUAACCUCUACCUGGUUUAACUGUAAAGUGUCCCCACAGCAUGAUGCUUCCACCACCAUGUUCCAAAGUGUAUUUUGCUUUUAGGUUUAAAAGUUUGUAUUUUUUUUUACGGUUUUAUUGGCAACAGAUUACAUUUUUUACAUUUUAAAAACCAUGUACUUACCUUCCGCUUCUCGGUUAUUCUCUACUUUAUCCCUCAAGUAAAACUGUUUGUGGUUGUUGCAUUAAAAAAAGCAUUAAGACGUUCAAGGGGAAAUAAUGCUUUUUGGAACGUGUAUCUUGGUUGCUUCACAUUCUGAUGAAUGAAAUUUUUUUUCAUUAGGAUAGAGUGAGCUAAUGGAGUAGGUAUGUUGGGUUUGGAAACCAAUUAAUCAAAACAAUAAGCGGUUUGUAAUUUAAAAAAUGUCAUUGCUGCUUUUCAGAGGGGUUUGACUUAUGAGCAGCGACUGGUUUGCUUUUUGAGGUCGCCCUUUGAUUUAAUCCGUAUCAUUAAAUUGGAAGUUAAUGUUUUAUUUUAUUUCCAGCGGUACAUUGCACCACUGCUUGUGUGCCCCAGUUCUUGCACUUUUUAUACUUAACUGGUUUGAGUGUUCACAGAAGUGUGUCUGUAUAACGUGCCUUGACAAAGACAUUUCAUAUGUUGGCUGUCUUGUUUUUUAUAUAUAUAUAUAUAUAUAAAAAGUGGUAUUUUGGUAUUGUUGAACUCGUAUGGCUGGGAGAGUGGAGCUUUCUGUGUGUUUAUAACGCCUGCCACAGCUGGGAGACUGAAGUGGGUUCUCGGUUGAGUUUUUAUUGCGAACUUGGACCAUGAACCCGACCAUCUGCAGGCUGAACGUAACGUGUGCCUCGAAACCGGGAGGAGCUCUCUGGAAAGUAUCUGUUGGGUUUGAUUUAUGAAGACUCGACUUACUGGAAAUGCUUCUUAUUGAACAUUUUUUAAUGGUACAAAACAAACGAGCCCUAUGAAUAAUGACUUUGUUACUGUCUGGAUGUCGGGAUAUAUUUUAAUUACAUUAGAAAUAUUUUUCUAUGUCAACAGAAGCAGAAAUUGGAGAAGGUUUAGCUGUUCCAAAGUGCUUUGGAUGAUUUUUUUUUGGUGUGCUUGAACUCCAGAUGUUGUGAAAUGCAGUAGGAGGUUUCUUCUGUCUCUCAGCGGUAAUGGAUGUAGUAGUGCUGGACAGCAGUAAUUUAUUAGUACAUUAAAAUGUGCAAUAUUACAGAUAACACAGCUGGACAGGCAGCUUUUAGGCGACAGGAUUUUAAAUUUCAAAGACAUAUUUUUGUUUCUUCAAGUGCAGCAGUGUGUAUAUCACAGUACUGUUCAUGACUCGUACCUUCUGUUUGAGGCAGAGUAAAUACACUGUAAUUUUGCUGACAGGCCCUUUUAAUGUAUUUUGCUCUCUGUAGGCACUUUUUCAUCACAUUUGCUUUGAAAUACAUAAAAACCGAGGCGAGUCCUUUUAUUUAACUGUAAUUGGAUUUAAUAUAUAUGUUGGAGACACUACAGCCGCCGUGGUGGUCCGCCGCAUUUCUUUUCUGUUUUAUUCACAGUGUGAACACGGAGCAUUAAGUUCAGUUUUAUGCUUAUUUUUUUUUAUAUAUAUAUCUGCUAACUUGGUGUGAAUGUUUUCCUGAAGAGUCUUCCAGAGAAAUCACUGUGAAAUAAGGAGGUUGAGAUUACAAUAUGAAGUUACUAAAAUGUGCUGUUUUCUUGCCUUUCUGUCAGCAUGAAAGGUCUGGAUCACAAGUGUCAAACUCGAGGCCCGUGGGCCAAAUCCAACCCGCCACAGUUUUUUAUGUGGCCCUGUAAAUUCUAGACUAAACACUAAAUGUGCUCAAAUGUUAUUUUAUCGAUCAGAUCCAUUCAGUUUUCAUCCGUUUACUGCCAAAUUAUAUGAAUCAGUCCCUCCAUUUUCUUGCAAAUUAUUGUGGAAAUUCACGCAAAAUCAACAAAUACCCACACUUUUCUUGCACUAAUACUUAAUUGGUAGUUUAUUCCACAAAAAUGGUCUAAAACGUUCUUACUUGUACUAAACAGCUGCCUCAGUCUUAAUUAAUUUCAGCUUAUAGUCCGUGACCUGUACAGUGAGUAAUAAAAAGUCACAUUUACCGUCAUAAAUAAGUGCAAAUAUUCCCAAAUUAGUACCACAAACACUUUGAUUUUUAUUGCAAAAAAAAUCACAAAACAAUCGUGAAAUCCAGGAGGGACUGUAAAGAUGUAAUAUAUUAUUUAAUUUUAAGAAUUUAUUGAUAUUUUAACAAUUUGUGAACGGGUUUCAUCAAUACAUUCUGGCACAACCGGCCCUAUAAGAGGAUUUAUAAUUUUGAUUUGGCCCAAAACAAAAAUGAGUUUGACACGGCUGGUCUAGAAUCAAGUGAGGCAUCGGAUUAAUUAUCUUGUGUGGCUGAAUGAAGGCUCCUUAUGUAUUUUUAAUGAUUUAUUUAUCUGUCACAUCACCUAAAUAACACAGUAUUUUCUGCUUUCAUGACAUUCUUUGUACGCUCCAUUUUUAAACAUCUUUCCACAGCAAGUUAUGUUUUAUUUUACCUUUUUUUGAAGUCCUAAAGUCAUUUUAAUAUGUUGCGUUCAUUCUACAUUUAUUUCCACAAGAAGCUGAAGUUUUCCCUUUGCACCCCAUUCACUGGUUUGUACUGUUUUCACACACAUUGGUACUUGUUAAACCAAAGCGGUACAAUUUGGUUAAUGCACAUGACUCAUGACGUGUAUUUGAGUGCUGUAAUUCUCAAUAAACUGUGAAUCAUUGUAAUUUUUCUAAAUAAAUAAUUUUAAAUAUG